AUGGCUGAAACCAAGCUUCCUACUCGCUGGAUAGAGACAUCUGACGGCUUCAUUCCUGCCCCCGAGGAUCAACAACCUACCAGCAUCCUUCACAAAGCAGUCCUUGAUGCUGUCGAUAACUUCAAGAUCACUUCAUUCGACGCCUGGGAAUUGCCAGUAACUGUGACCAUCGGCAAGAAAUGGAUUGUCAGUACUUGGGAGUGUGCACCUGAUCCCGACAGCUUCAAGUUCAAGUUCGGCCAGCGAGACUGUCAAGGCCGCACAUUGGCAACUCGGAUCCGCAAAUACCAAAUCCAAAGAGGCUGGUGGGCCGCAAACAAGAAGCACUUCGCUCUUCUUCAACUGCCUGCCGAGUUGAGAAGUGAGAUCUACCGCUACGCAGCUCCCCAAGACGCCAUCGAGCCAUAUGUCGGCCAUCGCGGACGUGGCCACGGCAUCCCCUACAUUAAAGACUGCAACGAGAUGGUCUCCAACUUACUCAAGUGCAACAAGGUCAUCUCUCAGGAAAUGCGCGACCACAUGUUCCUUCACCUACCCCUACUGAUCAAUCAUCACAAGCUACUCAGAAAGACCCUCCACGAAAACAUCGACUUCCCUCGCCAUCAACUGACACGUCUUACUCUGUGCUGCCGCACUCAUGAAGACUUCUUCAAAGUGUUUGGUCUCCGUGGCAGAAGCAUCAUCAGCGACGAAGCUAUCGUCGUGGUUGGUAGUGGAGAAUCCCCCUGGUCCCUCCACCGCGACAAGCUACCCUGCAUCAAGAAGUUCGAAAUCAUCAUGCCGUCUCGCGAAACACUACAGGAAUGGAUCGUGAACACAAACUGUCAGACCAAAACAGUGACGAUGUUGCUCGAGAUCAUGUGGCCGUACGUCAAAGGUCAGCCCGUUGUCCUUGGCGGCAUGAUCAAGAAGUGGCAGAAGAAACUCUGGGAGGUAAAGGCAGCUCAGGCUCACGAAGAGUACGAGAAGCUGUAUGCCGAUACAGAAGAUGGCGGCGUGAAGGUUACUCAAGAGGAUAUUGACAAAUUCAAAGGCAAGGAGGACAAGAGUGACGAGGAAGAGGAUCUUAUCAGCUUUGAGGAAGAGGAAGAGGUAUUCGAGUACCAUCUUCCCUUCUUCUGUGAAUGUCAUCCUUCAUGCCUGUUCGGCGACUGGACUGAUGAGGAUCACAUCAAGGACAACGAGAAGACUGAGGAAGGAGAAGUUCAUUGA